AUGCCUGUCUUGACGCUGGUAUUUUGCGGAUACCUCGAGAAUACAACGGGGGAUGCUCCAAAGCAACUGGCCAAAUGCACUAAACUGCUUGGAUUAGUUAUCAAAGGAGUUCUCAACGUCUUACUAGCAGGAGUCCUCCUUGGCUUAGUGAAGAUUAUAUGGCAUUUGAAGACUUACAAUGGUGGAUAUGACAAUAUAAAAAAGAUAAUUGAAUUCUAUGAGAUCCAGAAGAUCGAACAUACUAUCAAGGAAACUAUACAGAAAGUCACCAAAGGACUUGGCAUAGUAGCUUUAGUUGAACUACAGCAACGUCUCGACAACAUCGUAAAACAUAUAAACAAAUGCGACAAACACAGUUUAAAUGGCGCAUUGAACGACACCAAUACCAUCACCAAAUAUAACUUGACUGCUCCAACAAAAUUAUCUGCCCCAACAAACGGCGCUACUACAACAAAUAUAACUGCUCCAACAAAAUUAUCUGCCCCAACAAACGGCGCUACUACAACAAAUAUAACUGCUCCAACAAAAUUAUCUGCCCCAACAAACGGCGCUACUACAACAAAUAUAACUGCUCCAACAAAAUUAUCUGCCCCAACAAACGAAGCUACUACAACAUAUAUAACUGGUCCAACAAAAUUAUCUGCCCCAACAAACGUCGCUGCUACAACAAAUGUAACUGCUCCAACAAACGAAGCUACUACAACAAGAGUAACUGCCCCAACAAACGACACUGCAUCAACAAACUCAAACGAUUACUACGACGAUGACAUUUAUUAUUACAGCGGUGACUACUACUAUGAUGAUUAUGGAGCUAUCAUAAAUGGAACCGACCCCAUUACCGGGGCAGAUAGCUCUAGCAAUCAAAGCGAUGACAUAAGCGCCUCUACACAAAAUUAAAAAGUCAAUGCUAACUCGGUUGAUGUUAAGACUAUUGGGAUUAGUUUUUGCGAAGGACGGAUUAAAUAAUACACGCCAUGUUCAUCAGAUUCGUUUUUCCUUAUAUUAUUUAAAUGUGACGUUUUACCAUAGAGUAAGUAAUACUACAUAUCCAUAGACUAAUAUUCCAACAAAGACUACUGUUGGACACCGAUGAUUAAUAUGAACUGUAUAAUGCUUAAAUAA